AUGACUCCCGGGCUCACGGGAGCAGGCCUGGGCGGAAGUCGUUGCCCUUACCUUGACGGAUUGGCAUGCGGUAACUUAUGGUUCGAGAGGAAGUCACCUGCUCGAGAUCUCUUCUGGGUAGAAUCGUCCAUGUGUGAGCUUCAGAAGCACUCGAAGAGGUCUGAAGAAUCCUUGACGAGCUUCCGGCGACUGGAGCCAGCGAUCCAUAUGCCUCGUAUGCAGGACGUCUUCAACGCCUCUUGGGAAAAGAGCGGAGAAGACCCACCAUUGAGAGUUGGUAUGAGUUUGAAUAAAGCUGCAAUCGACCCAGAUUACCUGCGCGACAUGGGUUUUUCGCUACCUGGCUCUGUUGUCGACAGUGCGCUUGUAGCAAAUUUUGAUUAUGUUCAUACGGCCACUCAUACUCAGCUCAGAGCCCUUAUGACUUGGUCUAUGGAGAAUCACAAGUACGAACCGGACAUUUUGUUUACUCUGGCAACCUUCAUA